AUGCACAGUGAGUGCAUCAUAUAUGAGAGUCUCCUGGAGGUGUACGAACGCCUAGGAACCGGCAAGCCACAUGUCUCAGCCCGGCCCGAGCAGGAAGUGAUGCUAGACAAAGCAGUGGGAGAGGGCAGUCCAAUAGAGACCAGGGUUGCGGAGUCAGCACAGAACUCGAUCAAUGAUAAGUUCGACGGCGAAAAGGUAUCGGAGGACAACGUCGGCGUCGCCAGCCAAGGCGCCCCAACACCGGCGCCACUAGCCGAUGCUGGCGACAAGAAUGGGACGGACACGCCGAACACGGCGACCAAAGCGACUCCUGGAAGUAAGUUUGAAGCCAAUGGACAGACCGUACGAAGGGCUGUUCGAAGCAUCCCUACAUUUAGGAGUCAGCCCGCCGAUGCUCGAGGUCACGGACCAUCGACGCAAACCAACGAGGGGCUGACACGUGGUCAGACGGACAAUAAAAGCCAUCUUUGCAGCAUGGCGAAAUAUCAUGGCACCGCUUAA